UGUGGCUCGGCGGGAGCUGCGGGCCCGGAGCUGGUCUCAUAACAUGGACAGUGAGGUGCAGAGAGAUGGAAGGAUCUUGGACUUGAUUGACGAUGCUUGGCGUGAAGACAAGCUGCCCUAUGAAGAUGUUGCAAUACCUCUGAACGAGCUUCCUGAACCUGAGCAAGACAAUGGUGGCACCACAGAAUCUGUUAAAGAACAAGAAAUGAAGUGGACAGACUUGGCCUUACAGUACCUGCAUGAGAACAUGCCCCCCAUCGGAAACUGACACCUGGCUCCUUGCUCGGGCAGUAUGUGUGUGUGCGCAAGUGAGUGUGUGUGUGCACUCGCGUGUAUUUCUAAAAGCUUUCUAACUAAAAUCUCUUAGUAAGAAAUCAACACCUAAAAAUGCAUCCCCACGUCGAUUGUGGCAACAAAGUAAAAUGUGGAAAUAUUCACUAGGAACUCAAGCUAAGUGAGAUUUCCCAAGAAUGUGAAAUAUUUGGCUCUUUGCGCCUCGAACUCUUCAUCCAGUGGUGGGUGUUUGAACAUGAUUGUUAAACAUUUGCCCUUAACUCUGA